AUGCCCCGUCAGAGUGCCCUGCUCCCUCCUUGGGCCUUUCACGCCAGCCCAGCAUUUCGGGGGGAUUUUUGUCCAGGGCCCGCGGCGCAACGGGCCAGAGCCGAUCGCGGCAGGCGGGCGCAGCGGGGACGGGGAGACGCGCGCCCGGCACAGACGCGCGCAGCGCUCCGGCCGUCGGCAGCCACCGCCGCGCCGCGUCCGCGGGGCCGGGCAGGGGCGCCGAACGCGGGGCGCGGCGCCGAGGGGCGGGGGCCGGGGGCGGCGGCGCUCCCCGCCCAGCAGCCGCAGCCGCGGGCCGGGCGCGGGGGGCGCAGCGGAGCGGCGGCGGCGGCGCGCAGGGCCAUGUCGGCGCCGUGCCCGCGCCUGCCCGCCGCCGGGUCAGCACCGGCGGAGGCGGACAGCGCCGGCGGCAUGGAGCCGCCCGCCGCCGCCGCCGCCGCCGCCGCCGGGGCCGCCGCCCUGGAGCUGGCCCUGGAGGAGGAGCUGGCGCUGCUGGCCGCCGCCGGGGAACCGCCGGAACCGCCGCCCGCCGCCGCCGCCCGCGACCCCGAGCUGCUGUCGCUGAUCCGGCAGAAGGAGAAGGACCUGGUGCUGGCCGCGCGGCUGGGCAAGGCGCUGCUCGAGCGCAACCAGGACAUGAGCCGCCAGUACGAGAGGAUGCACAAGGAGCUCACCGACAAGCUGGAGCACCUGGAACAAGAGAAGCACGAGCUGCGGAGGAGGUUUGAGAACAAGGAAGGAGAAUGGGAAGGAAGGGUGUCUGAACUGGAAAGCGACGUGAAGCAGCUGCAGGAUGAGCUGGAGAGGCAGCAGGUUCACCUGCGGGAAGCCGACCGUGAGAAGACACGGGCUGUCCAGGAACUCUCUGAACAGAACCAAAGACUCCUGGACCAGCUCAGCAGGGCAUCCGAGGUGGAGCGGCAGCUCUCCCUGCAGGUCCACACGCUCCGGGAGGACUUUCGGGAGAAGAACUCCUCCAGCAGUCAACACAUCGUGCGGCUCGAGAGCCUCCAGGCUGAGAUCAAAAUGCUGACGGACAGAAAGCGAGAGCUGGAGCAUCGCCUUAGUGCCAUGAUGGAGGAGAACGACCUGCUUCAGGGAACGGUGGAGGAGCUGCAGGACCGAGUCCUCAUCUUGGAGAGACAAAGCCAUGACAAGGACCUGCAGCUGCACCAAAGCCAGAUGGAGCUCCAGGAGGUGCGGCUGUCCUACCGGCAGCUGCAGGGGAAGGUAGAAGAGCUCAGCGAGGAGAGAAGUCUCCAAAAUUUCAACACAACCAGCACGUCCCUGCUGUCUGAGAUAGAGCAGAGCAUGGAGGCAGAGGAGCUGGAACAAGAACGAGAACAGCUGAGGCUGCAGCUCUGGGAGGCAUAUUGCCAAGUGCGGUAUCUCUGCUCCCAUCUCAGAGGAAAUGACAGCGCAGACUCCGCCGUCUCCACGGACUCCUCCAUGGAUGAGUCUUCAGAAACCUCAUCAGCCAAAGAUGUCCCGGCCGGCAGCCUACGGGCAGCUCUCAGCGAGCUGAAAAGGCUGAUACAAAACGUGCUGGAUGGGGCAGACUCCACGAGCUCUCGGCGGAGCGACGAUGACUCCUUAGAGGAACAGAUCAGGAGAACAAGUGAGGACUCAAGAGCCCUGAGGGAGUUAAUGGAGGGAGAACGGGGGAAACUGAGGCAAAGUCUGGAGGAGCUGCAGAGGCUGCACAGCCAGGUCACACUGCUGAGUGUGGAGAUGACGACGCUGAAGGAGGAGCGGGACCGGCUGAGGGGAGCUGCAGAAGACAAGGAGACGAGCGAACGGCUCCUGCAGGCCAUCCGGGAUCGGGACGAGGCCAUCGCCAAGAAGAACGCUGUGGAGGUGGAGCUGGCCAAGUGCAAGAUCGACAUGAUGUCCCUCAACAGCCAGUUGCUGGAUGCCAUCCAGCAGAAGGUGAACCUCUCGCAGCAGUUGGAGGCCUGGCAGGAUGACAUGCACAGGGUCAUUGACCAGCAGCUGAUGGACAAACACCCGAAGGAAUGGAGCCAGCUUGCUUAUUCCUUCUCCAGUGGCUACGUCGCAAAGCAGAGUGCCAGACCCUCCCCUGUGCUCCAGCCAGAGCCGCAGGGGGAUGAGCCCAGUGGGGCAGAAGGGCACCGUCUCUUUUCCUUUUUCAAGAAAAAUUAACUUGAAAAAGAGAAACCUCUCCAACCAUUCUUGCUUCAAGAUGGGGAGGGGGCAGCUGCCCAGCUUGCUGAUGGACCCAACGCUGAUCCACCGGGAAUAAGAAGGGGCAAAGGAGUUAACCUUGAGACUCUGCACUAUUAACGCCGCACCUGGUCUGAACCAAAUGUUUACAUAAAUUGGAAAUUUGCAAAUUGACAUUGUGCUACAGAUGGAAAGCAACUUUUCUUAUUCUUCAAGUGAAGCGAUGAACUUCAGGGUAUAUUUUAGGCGCUUUGACACGGUUUAGUUUCUGCUGUGAAGAAUAAUCUGAUUGAUUGUCUUAAAAGCAUUCUGAUGCUGGAGAAGGAAAUAAGCAGCCCCAAGACAAAGCAGCGCAGGGGAUUGGGAACUGCCAUCACAGCGAGUGCAGGGGGAAGAAGAGAGCCCAAUGCAAGAGAAGAGAGGAGCCCUCAUACAGCCCUCCAGGCCUGGCAACUGAUGUCCUUCAUCCAUCCCACUGGGAGCAGAGCUGCUUUGGCUGCAGCAUUGCCAUGUUUUGAGAAGAUGAACCCUCACUGCACAUCGUACCUGGGCAUGCCUGUGGCUCUGUGGAGCUGCUCACCCCCGCGGGGAACCCAGGCUCCUUGCAGGUCAGGGCAGUUGUAAGUUUGUGUCUUCUGCAGCCUGUUAGAAGAGUUGCAGAGUCUGUAGGUGCACAAAAAUGUUAAGGACUUCUUCCCAUCCCUAUUGGCCACCUGCAACAGAUUACAAACUGAAUAGCGUUGUGGAUGUUCAGUCCCGGGGCCUCCAAAGGUCAAAGGUAGAUGUGGAACUUCAGCACGUCGCACACCUUUCCCCUAAAGCCAUGUAUCUCUCACAAACCGAGUAAGAAACCUGUUAUUGUAACAGGAUAGCUUCCCGCCCAAAAAAACCCCCACAACUCAUUGAGAUCCUGUCCAUAAUGAAAUCAAAGGCUCACCAAUGCUAGGCUGGCAGAUGUGAUCCUUAAAUCCAUGUCACAUCCGGAUCACAUCACAUCCGCUGGCAGAUGUGAUCCGUGCCAAAAACACAUGGGCAUCUACCUUUGCUAAAGCCCCAGGCAAUCAGGGCACCUGCAGAGCUCUGGGGAUCUUGCAGCUUGCCCUUUGUGCCCUGCAGUACCAUUAGCUGUGGCCUGAUGGAAAUGAUGUGUAUUUGUUCUGCCCAUGGGUCAUUUCCCACUCAGCCCCUCAGCAAACAGGCAGCCAGAUCUCCUCUUAACCAAAGGUGAUCAAAGCCUGCUUUGCUGAAACCAAGACUCAGCCGACAAGAAGGAAAAUUAGUAUUUCUGGUGUAUGCACACGGUGGUGCUGGAAACCCUGCAAUACAUUUCCCUAUGCACUGGAUGGGCACCUUAGAGCUCUUCCCUUUGAUACAGUCUGCCUUCACGAGACAGCAAGGCAGCCAGGCCAAGCUCAGAGCUGUCCUGCCUCCAUCAUGUGAUUUUCACAUGUUCUCCCAGCUCACAAUGCCCACAGACCCCAAUUUGUUUCCCUGCUGCUUUGAGGAGGCUCCCUCCUACGCUGUCCCACAGGAGAUGGAACACAUACAGCUCUUCCCAGCUCAGCACAGGUGCUAAAACACCUUCUUAGGGGGAGCUGCCAAUCCCUGCUCCAUAUUGACAGUCACAGGUAUGCUGCUAGAAUUAGCCAUCCAGCACCUCCUCCUUAGAAGCAGGUAAGGUUGGUGGGUUGUUGUUUAAUGUAUUUAUUUAUUGCAUCGAGCAUACAUAAUACCUCAGUAGAAAUAUCCUUUCUGCCUACAAAGAUCUGAGCAUCCCCACGUUUCCUUAUUAGCACGGAGCUGCCACGCUGGUACAAAGUCAGUAAACAUCAGGUCAGCUCUGCAAAGAGCAAAGCACUCUUUGGGGAUAGAGAAGGAUGAGUGGUAAAACUCAUUUACCUGAAAGCAAUGAAACCUGGAUCCCAGGUCCUACCCAAGAAGUAAUUAAAGCACCAUCAACAUCGUUUGAUGCUAAUAGGGAAGGGAGCUUGGAGCCUCAUCAGCAGGAAAGGAAACCAAACCUCUCCUCCUGCUGAGCGUCUGCUUGUAGUGCAAACUAAGGGAAGGGACUCCAUGCAGUGCCAAGAGUGCUCUCAGGACAGAAAACCCUCACCCUCCCAUCAUACCUACAUUAUGACUCCUCAUAGGACAGAGACACGAGGCACGUGCUCAGCAUCUCCUGCCGUCAGGACUCACUCAUGCCCAUAUGCAUUAAGAAGCUCUGUUACCUGCAGAAUUGGCGUGGAUAGAUGGACAACAGCGAUCCCUGUGAGCAGUUGUCUUACACAGCAAUUCUUUGGAAAUGACACUGCAUAUUUUUGGGAGUCAUGUGAACAUCUCAGUCCUCACAGCUCCUUAUUCUGCUGUCAGCAAUCACUUCCCAGGCCCCAGCAGCUCUCUGCAGACCACGUGCUGACAGCUGAGUGGGACCUUCCCCCCUUGAAGAUGUCUGUCUGUCUGUACGCAGUCCUAAGUAAAGGACCUUCAGUAACCCAAUGAAGAUGCGGUAAUGAGACGAAGAAAGGUGCCUUCUGCUACACGUUUGCUGAGAGGAAAGUGACUCAUUUGGUUGCAGGGGUAGGCAAUUGAAAUGCACAGCACAUCUCUGCAUUUAAGGAGAAACCUACCCUAAUCCCAUUGCAAUUUUAUUUAUUUAUUAGCAGUGACGGAAGAGAAUGCAAAAGGAAGGACAGCGCGUCCCAAGGUGCCAGUUGGGUAUGGUUUCUUCAAACUAACCCCUUAAUCCUACAGACUUAGUUGCACUACUAAACCCAGAAAUACAAGAGAAUUGUGUUUAACGAACUGGACAACAGACCAAAGGAGACCUCCUUGUGCUCAGCUGCUACUCAAUAGCAACAGAAACUGCCUUAACAUAGCAGCUAAGCUUUGUUUCGUUCUAUUGAAAACUUACUCAGUCCUUCACAUUCUUGUGUGUCACAUUGUGUUUUAAGGUCCCAACUAUUUCACCCUGAACGGUCAUUGAAGCACUCAUCCCCUUCUGUAGAGGCCAGGAACCUGGAACUGUCCUUGCAGGGCUGGGUUAGAAGAUGCUCCACUUGUGAUAGUCUGUAUUUUAGGAUACACAUGGCAUAAAGAAAACAUCAGCUCCACUGAAUGGAAUGGAGGAAGUGCAUUAAUCCAGCAGGCACUCAGGAUCCCAAAGUAGACUUAACAAGAGGGAUCAGCAGCUCUAAAUACAACACUCACCCUUCGGAGAUGAUGGUAAAUAACCCAGCAGUGCUGCACAGUCACCCUCGAGUUUUGCACAUGCAGAAGACACCUGCUGAGAUGAAGGUUACAAAGAACUUUCCCACAGUUGAGCAACAGGUGACUGGGCAAAUGUUUUCUGUGUAAGGGAGAAGGGAUGAUUCUCCCUUUCGUAAACUCUGCAAGGGAAGCAACAGUAAACAAGGAAUACGUGAAUGAAAGGCAAGUCACUCGCACUUUAUGUUAAUUCAAACUUGGAUCAGCAACUUGCCAUCAAGAUGAAUGCUAAAUCAAUUAAUGACAACAGAAUAAUUUUGCACAGAGCAGCAAGAAGUGAGGUUAGAGGCAGUGCUGCAUGCACAAGGACUUCAUAGCUGUAUGCACUUGUCCUACUUAGAAUGCUAAAUUCCUGAUAUGCCUCUGCAGCAGGCAAUCUCUGCACUCCCCACUCGGCUAUAAAAAGCAAGAUUGUUGUAACCAAAAGCCAAGAAAGGAAGCGUCUGGGUGCUGCAGUAACCAUUCCCUUGGAUUGAGAGGGAAAAGCACACAGCAGGGACAAGCAGAAAGAAUGUAUCUAUAGAUAUGUACAUAAACCACAGUGCUGUAAUUUUUGUAUGUAGCAGUCAUGUAAAUAAAUGUAUGGUUUUUAUAAGAUACAUAUUAUGAAAAUCUAUAAAGGCAUAUUUUUAGUAAAAAGAUGCUCUUCUUUUGUAAAUAGUUCUCUUCAGAAUAAAACAGACAUUUAUAUACUGUCUCAGCUCUCAAGUCACUGCUUAUCCUGCCCACCUGCAGAAGCAUCUUAGCACCUAGAAGCAUCUUUAGCACCUCAUCAUCCCAAGAAAUUCACCCAGACAGCACUUGCAUGUGUUCUGCAGAGAACAAGGCUGGAGAAAGAACAUUUGAGGCGUUUACACCUCCUGCUGCACAGGAAAACAGGCAAACUCAAGUCUCCUCCACCAUCCAGCCAUCUGUACCCUUUAGGUGCCUUUACACGGAGGAGCAUUCAAACUUUGACAAGUUUAGAUAAAUCUCAGAUGACCAAUGAGACACCUCCAACGAGCCCCAGUUGCAGCUCAGGCCAUCUGCAUGCUGUGAAGAUUCUCCCAUCAACAGUCAUAGCUGAACAAGGCAGGCAGGAGAAAAGGCAUCGUCCCAAAACACUUGGGAGUGUUUCCAUGACCCUUCUCCAGGAGCGAGGAGCUGCCUUAGUAGCCUGCUUGUGUGAACUGGCAGCCAGCACAGGACAGAUACACAUCAAUUGUUAUUUCAUCAGUACCUCCUUCCCCAGAAAGAAGCCCCCUCCACAUCCAGCAGAAGGGCUCAGCCCUGGCUUGCCACCCUCCACCUCCAGAUGAUGGACAGCAGAGGAAACAAAGCCUCAAAAAAGAUUUGGCAGCUUGUAACCUUUAUUUUUAGUUUUUUAAAAUUAUUUAAAAAGCAUAAUUAGAAACUUUCAUUACAGAAAUAAUCCUAGCAAUCCAGUUAGACAUUCCAUUGCUCAACAUUUAGGAAACUUCACAUCAGCACACCACGAGAGAUGCAGUCCCCACCCCUUCCAAUUGAACAGUCAGUGGCAAGAGCAGACAUAACCACUCCUCUACAGCCAGUAUUAGGAAAAAACUCCCACUGCAGGAAGUUGGACACCUGGAUUGGCAGAGCUCAAACUGUGGCCACAAAGACCUGGACUCAAAGAGAACCAAUCUUCCCACAUAAGAGAACACUCCAGGUUUGGGUGCACCAUUUCCUCAUUUUAUUGCAUCAGUUCCAGUCAUUUCAGACAUUUAUUUCAGCCUGUAAGAAGUUGCUCCUUCCUGGAUCUGCACACUUGCUACCACGAGAGCCCAAAAGAAACACAGUUGGACCCUUUGAUUAGAAAGUGGUAACCGUCACAGCAUCACAGCACGGCUUCAUUUCAACAGGAAGGCUUUGAGGACUGACAGAGCUCCUUCCUUGUGCAUACACCACAUUCAACAUGAGAAAGCAUACAGAAUGACACCUGGUGCAACUUAAGCUGCCCCUUUCCACAGCUGCUUGAGUCUAACCAUCAUCAGAGCUCACGCUAGCAACGUCAUCCCAACUCUUUCUUGGGUUACCACUACAAGAUAUGUGAAGAAAACAGAUGGGUGAAGGCAGCUGGAAAUGUACUCCCAGCACCUGAACUGAUUAAAAAUGUGUUUACACAUUCAUUGUUUGCAUUUUUUUUUUAAAAGAAAGUCUCCAAAGUGAUUGAUUGUGAUGUGAUUGUAUGAUUGGGGCUCUUACCACAACCCGUAAAAAUCUUAAAAAAAAAAAUACAGGCAAAAUAAGUGACUAAAUUUUAGCCUCUCCUGGGGGAACGGGGAGGAAGGGAGAGAGGAGGGCUGAUCCAGAGCUCAUGGACAUCAGUGAACCACAUCCUACCAAACCAAGGCCAGCAAUUCCAUUGGGCUCACUGACAAAUGGAGUAAGUCUGCCUUCAAGGUCUUCAAGGAAAUCGUUAUCUUCUAUGCCUUUUUGUCAUCUUAAAGAAAAUUCUUAAUUAUUAUGUAGGCAAUUAUUCAGGUGCUGAGCACGUACAUUCAGCCCAGAAAUCUAAUACUUCAGUUACACAAUCUCUCCCCCUUUAACUGUAUCUAUCCAGGGCAACAGACUGAGCCACUGUUUUCCCAGAAAUGCCAACGUGGGCAAAGAAAACAACGCUGGGCACAGCAAGACCGGUUUGUUUUCAAAGGUGAUCCUCCAAGCAAGUUUUCCAUUUUCUUACAUUAAAGAGCAGUCCUCCUUUCUAAUAGAAGAGUCCUGGGAAUGAUCCUGCAGCAGCUUUCAUUUUCAGACAUCAAUCCAGAAUAGCUAGAUUUCUUUUCAUGCCUUUUCUCACUGAAAAACGCAGCUCUGCCACCAAAAUUCACAUUCAUGUUCACAUCUCCUAUUUGUUGAUGGGACAAUGAGGAGGAAGGGGUAUUGUUGGUUGUUUUUUUUGGCAGAACAACAUGAUGUUUGUUCUCAAAAGAAGUGGACCCUCACUUAGGACCGUGGCAGAACCAGAAGCAGAGGUCAAAGGAGUUUAAUUUCACCUUAAAAAAACAAAAA